AUGGUAAACGUGCCGAAGACUCGCCGGACGUACUGCAAGGGAAAGUGUAGUAAACAUACGGUGCAUAAAGUGACCCAAUACAAGAAGGGCAAGGAGUCAUCUAUGGCUCAGGGAAGGCGCCGAUACGACCGCAAACAGCGCGGAUUCGGCGGACAAACGAAACCCAUCUUCAGAAAGAAGGCGAAGACCACCAAAAAGAUUGUCUUAAGGAUGGAGUGCUCGGAAUGCAAAGCACGCAAACAGUUGCCAAUCAAACGGUGCAAACACUUCGAGAUCGGCGGCGACAAGAAGAGGAAGGGACAGAUGAUCCAGUUUUAA